CUGGAGAGUCUCAGAGACUAAAUAAGGUUUGUCCAAGAAGACGCUAGAUUUGUCCUAGAAGCAUUUUUAUAGAAAAGAAAAGUCGCUAAAUCUAUCGACAAAGUCACUAAGUUGGCAGCACUGCGCUCGCUCUGCUUGCCUGCUGCGUCACUUGGUUAGGUCGCAGUGCGUUCAGAAACAAACAGAUAUUUACAGAGCCGUGCGAUAUGAGGAGUUUGGAUAUUAUAUUAUAUUAUGCACCUAUAUGCUAAUAUUUAGAUACAGAUGUCGUGAAACCAUUUUUAGUAAACUAAACUUAAUUUUAUCACAUAAUUUAAUCACACUUAAUAUUGUCACUUUAAGUCUUUCACUUGUGAACACUACAUGUUACUGUAAAACUUUCUCAAGUAUUUUGCUGAGUUUAGGUUCGGUUAGAAAUCUCUUAAAAGUAGUGCAUUCUGUUUUUGCAUGAAUAUUUUAGAGUAAACGAUAGUUUACAAAACUGUACUAUUAGUUUUAUUAGUCGUUUCACACGAAUAUCCCUCGGUUUGAAUAUGAUAGUUCACUUUCAGAAGUUGGUAUGGUUUGUCUAUGGCUUGUAAAUCUUCUCUGUAAGUUAUCUGUUCCUCUGAGUCGAAAUGCUGGGACAGAAUGUUUUCAGUAGCUCAAGAGCCACUCCUCUCUUUUCUGGCGCGUUCUCAGUAAACAAAGCGCACUUUGUUCUCAUGUUGUGCUGACAGGCGCGCACGCUAAAACCCUCAGUCUCGGAAAGAAAAUCCUUCAGCUUUCAUUGUUUAUUUCUGGCCAAGGAUCCGGUUAAGACCGCGCAUGCGCUCUAAAGUUGUUUAUAACAGAAGUUCUGCAUGUGGGCAGCAGCUGUGCUCACGCGGACAGUCCAUGCAGCCUCGUGCACACAUUCUUUGUGUGUUUAUGUUUUGUAUUGGACAUCCAUUCCGACUUAUACAGAGAUGUCAGUGGUGAGCUUCAGUCCAGAUGAUCCAGUGAUCCGGAUUCUCCUGAUGGGCAGAUGUGGUUCUGGGAAAAGCUCAUCUGGAAACACCAUACUGGGAGAAAACUUGUUUAAAGAGCAUGAAGCCGAAGUGUGUGAGGGUCAAACACAGAUUGGUGGCAAGCAGGUUGUUGUGAUUGAUUGUCCAGAUCUACUGGAUCCAGAUCUGAAUAAAGAGCAGCUGGUCUCUGGAUGUUCAGCAGGUCUCAGUUCAGUUCUGAUCACCGUUCCUCUACUGGAACCUGUGCAAAAUGAGAAAGAGAUCCUGGAUUAUGUGAAGUGUUCAUUUGGUCCUGAGGUUCAGAAAUACAUCAUGAUUCUGUUCACACACAAAGAUGACCUGGAGGAUCUGAAUCAGACCAUUGAUGAACAUCUACAAAACCAUGCAGAUUUCCAGCAGCUGGUGACGGCAUGUGGAGGAAAGUUUCACUGUUUCAAUAACAAGAAGAAAUUUGAAGGUCAAGUCCAAGAACUACUGCAGAAGAUUGAAGGAACAAUGGAGGAAAACGGAGGGGAAUUUAAACAAAUGAGGAAGAGGCACAGCAUGGCCAGCAUUGUCAAUUUUUCAGGUGAGUCUCCAGCAGAGGAUCCAGAUGAGAUUCAUGUGAUUCCUAAGAGGAAAGACCAGAUCAGGCCGGUUCUGCUGGGAGAAACUGGAUCUGGGAAAAGUGCCACUGGAAACAGAAACCUGUUUGAAUCUUCAGCUGUUUCAAACUCUGAAACGAAACGGAGCAGCUCAGAAACCAGUGUCAGGAUGGGUAAAGAGAUCUCAUUGAUCCACACACCUGGAUUUAUUAAAGACUGGCAUGAAACACAUUCAAGAGAACUUGGAUGAGAAAGUGGAGCACAAAUGGGUCACUGCAGAGUUAAGCAGAUUAGCCUCGACACAAAAGAGGUUUGAGAGUGAUUGUUGCUUCUGUUCUAUAGUUUUCAGUGACUGACGCAGAGACCCGAAGAACAAAAUAUCCAUACAGCCUGUCAACUUACCAUCUACUUCACACAUAUGUAGAUCAGCUGUUUUCUGUGAAUAUGCAUAACUGCUGUAGUUUUCUUUCUGAAACAUGUAUUACCAACAAAUCUUGGGUCUGUAAAACAUGUUAUUGUGACUGAGGAGAAACUAGCAACACAGAAGAUGAAGAGUCAUUCAUAAUGUUACAUUAAAGCUGCAGAAAAGCUCAAUUCCCUUUUUCUCUCAGCUUCAGCUUGUUAACAUGAUUGUUUAAAUUUAUGUAUGUAAUAUAUAGCGUUCUUUUAGACAGCUAAAGCUGAUAUUUUUUAUUUAGAUGAUUCAUGUACUUACACUAAAAUGAUUAUUUUUAAAAGUCAUGAAGUGACAUGGUUUGUAGCAAUUUCACAUGUAACCUUAUUUCAUACUGUUAAUAAAUCUUUUCUAUUAAAAAAAAA